UGUAGCUUUGUCCUUGGUUUUGUAUAUAAGUUAUUACACUAAUUACGGGCUAGAUGGGAAACCUGAUCUUACAACCAAAGUUUUUGGUGAGUUAUUUUACAGUUUUUUGUAAAUAAAUGAUUGAAUUUAGGCUGCGUAAAAUAUAUCCCGGUUCAUCCAUCAGCGCCCGCAUUCGUUUUUUUAUUAAAUGUAAUCAUUGUUUUCGGUCUUUUAUCACAAAACGUGCGACGAACCCACCUUUUCUUAGGCUGCUCUGCGAACUCAGUCGUCAUUUCCCGUGUUCAUAUAGCUUGAGUUCAUAUCAGGCUCUGUUUUUUGCAUGGUUGGAAGGAAAAAGAGGGCCUGACACAAAUUCUGCUUUUCGUGUCUGUUUGGUGUAUCAGAAAAAAAAAAAAAUUUGUGUUCUGAUUGGUUAGUGCUAGUUUGAUUAUUCUAUUGUUCAUAGAUAUAUUUAGUCGUUUGAACUAUAGUUAGAUGUUGUUAUUGCGCGAGAUUGUCAUUUUUCUUGGGACAUUUUGAUUGGUUACUAAAUAUAUAUUAUACUGUGAGGAGAGAGCGACCAGAUUUAGGUUUGUGUCAGGCUCUAUUUAAUAUACACCCGGGAUAGCGUUAGCGAGAUAUUCAGGACGGUUCGCAUGCAGAAUUGAACAGUAAUUUGGCUGACCUACUGUAACUAACCCAGCUAAAAUUUAUAAAUUUGGAAAUAUUUCUUCACAAAUCAUGUCUGGAUCAAUAGAAGUUUUCUUUUCUGAUAUUUUGAAAUAAAUGGACAUGCAGAAAUAUGCAAACUAAAACAGUGGGUUAAAUUUUAACCCUGGGUUAGCACUAAUCUACCUUUGAACAACCGCCCCCAGGCGUAAUAAUAUAUUUCUCUUCUGGCAGCAAAUUUCAAAAAUAAAAAUUUCCUGUGCAAGUCAAAUAUAAAACGUCCUGCAUAUGUACAUUUCAGUGAACAGUGAGGCAUGCCGAAAGUAGACGUAUACGUUAUAGCCACAAACCGUGACUCUAAUUUCAUGACUCGUAUACUUUGUAGCCGCGGUAAUAAUUAAAGUAACUGAACACUGUAUGGUAUAUACUGGAUUUUUAUGUACCUAUACAUUCUAGAAACUGCUAUAUUCCUCUGCAUGCAGCUGAGGUACCGCCCAUGACACCAUAGUUUAUAGCCAAAUCCUGCAAAGCCGUGGCUACAACGUAUGCCGAAAAAUCCGGCGUACUCUAUUGCUACAAACUGCAUGUGGCUAUAACUGUAUGGUGCCGCACGGAUAAACCUCAUUAUCGGUUCAAGACAAUCUCGACGUCCAAAACGAUUUUGUAUAUAGACAAUGUGUAAAAAUUAUGGCAUUCCAUGCAGUAAAUGAAAUGACAAGAUGUAAGAAAAUUUCCUCUGAAGAUAUGUUGGUAUAAUCCUGUUGUUUCUCUGUUGAACGUUAAUUAUCGUUCUUUUUAGGUCAAGCUAUUCAUUAUAUUGGACACAUAGUGUUUUUGAUAAUGCUCAUACUUCUUGCGAAAGGCUGGACCGUAACGAGGUGUGUCUAUAGUUGUCGUUUCAUAUAUUCAACCAAUAGAUUUACCUCGAACAAUCACUUUGUCAAAAAUAUAAAUACACUUGGAAGUAUUUUUGACAAAUCUUGUCUGGAUCAUCAGAAGUUCGAUUUUUAAAGUUUUGAAAUAAACAGAAAUAUGCAGAAUUGCAGAUAUAUACAUAAACCAAAGCAAUGGGUCAAAUUUAACCCAGGGUUUGCGCUAAUCGUGCUUUGAACAACCGGCCCUUGAAACUCGAGUGAAACCCCCCAAAAUUUUAUUAAAUUUCUAUUUGGAGUUGAUGAAAGGGAUAAUGAGGGAUCUGUGAGAAUAAAAUUCGAGAAACUCUUUUCCCAUCAUUCGGUCGAAUUUGUACCAAAAUUUAACAAAAUUGCUUGCAGAGGCUUUUAUGAAUAAUUCUGACGUCACUAACCGUAUUUUUCACAUUUAUGUAACCAUAGCCUAUCGAAGAGAAGAUGGUUGUGAAACUCAUUAGAAUAACAAUAUAACUCAUUAUCUAUGUUAGUCAACGUUUAUUCAUAAAUCUGGUCGUUUCACCGUCACGUGUGUAUUGCAUUUUUACCAAAUCCACCAAUAGCAAUCUCCAGUUUCCCUAUUGUUCGAGUCACGGAUAGGUGACUUUCCUAAAACAUUGCUAUUGGUUAAUUGGGCAAGAAUACAAUACACACGUGACGGUGAAGGACCCGAUUUACGAAUAAACGUUGACCAACCUAGAUAAGGCGUAAAAAAAAAUACCUGUGGUUCCGGUUUCACAUCGCGAAAAAAAUAGGGUCGGUAGGUCGGAAAUAAUUUUUUUUACAUUUUUUUCUUGGUUUUUUCAAUAAUUAGUGUGACAACAGACGCCAUUUUGGCAGCAGCCCGCAACCACCCGGAGAAAAUAGGGUCGCACGGUCAAUCGCGUUGAAAAAAUAAUAGGGUCGGCAGAAAAAAAUAGGGUCGGUUGGGAACCGGACCCACAGGUACUUUUUUUACGCCUAAUGAGUUAUAUUGUUAUUCUAAUGAGUUUCACAGCCAUCUUCCCUUCGAUAGGCUAUGAUGUAACUGAAGGAGAAAUAAAAUAAAAUAAACAUUUUGUCGAUUCCAAUCUUACGGCAUGGUCUGUCAAAAUAUGAUGGUCUGGAAGCCCGGAAAACUUCAAAACCCCAAAAUAGAAGACCUUUGUUUGAUAUUGAACUUUUACCUCACCGUGCAAUAAUAAGAAAGGUUCGGAUUGAUGGGAUGCAACUACUUGAAAAACACAUCGUUGAAGGGCAAAGUUUGAGAUGGGUUUCAUGAGGCUAAUUUCUCCUGACUAUAUAGUUCUCCUGACUUGUAUUUUUCAUGUAGUUGCAUCCCUAUCAUUGCGAAGCUUUCUAUAUAGAUAAUCAGCCUUAAAGUUUAAUUUUGUGCCGUCACGUUGUGCCGUCUAUUAAAAUUUUUCCAAAUUUGCAAAAUCGUACAGUACAAUUUUAAAUUAACAGAUUUCACAAUCUAAUUUCUAGAGGUCGAAUUAGUUCAAGUGGGCAAGUCAAACUUUCUGUUUUCUCAACAUUAUAUUGCUUCUGUUUCGUCAUUCUUUUCAUCUAUGAACAAAUUGUAAGUAUUAAAGGAAUGCCGAAUGGUUUUCCGUGCAGGAUUGCGUGAUCCAUGCACGAGGGAUGCCGCGAGACUUUCGGAAAGCGUAAAAAUACUCGAGCCGCAGGCGAGUGUAUUUUUACACUUUCCGAAAGUCGAGCAACAUGCCAAGUGCAUGGAUCACGCUAUCCUGCUUGGAAAACCAUUUGGUAAUUGUUUUAUAAAAUAACUACAGUGAAACAAUGACAUUUUGAGAAUCCCGCGAAAAUCCCGCGAAGGCAUUUUAAUUCCUCGUGCAGGAUAGCUUGAUCCUGCACGGCUAUUGACCAAUCAAAUUGCAUGUUUCACUGUAGUUAUUAUAUAAACUGUAUUCUUCCACUACACACCUACCAACGGCUUAUUGACAACUUUCUUACUUGCUACAAGAAGGUUGUUGAUCCGACAGACUUGUUAGAAGUUUGUUCCAACAACUUGUUAUCGUCCUGGAAUCGAACAACGUGGUAAGAGGUUGUGAAUGUCUUGCAGCAACUUGACAACGACAAGCUAACAAUAACAUUACAUGUUACAACUUGCUAACAAGCUAUCUGUCUCAACUUUUCCGUGGAAACUUUCCGUCGAAACAGACGGGAAUCCAUCUAGAUGAGAAACCCGUGUUAAAUUCACAUUAUGCAGGCGGAUAAAUAAGACGGACAAAGCGUUCCGUUACGAAAAGUUCACAUAUGAUGUCACAUGUGAAACGUUCAUUUCAAAUGUGAAACAGUGAAUUUCACAUGUGAAAUAAAAAUUUCAUAUGUGAAAAUAGUGUUUCACAUUUGAAUUUCCCAUAUGUGGAAUCAAAUCACAUGUGAAACCUUAAUUCACAUUAUGAAAACCUCAUUUCACAUGUGAAAAUUUCAUAUGAAGUUUGUGUUAUCAACCAAAGCCGAAGACUUAAGCCCCGUUUACACUACGGUCAAUUUUUGGUACGGCACGGAUAAAAUUGGUACCCGUACCACUUUUUUUGGUACUUGGACUAGCUAUUUAGCUAAGCCCCGUUUACACUACGCUCAAUUUUUGGUACCGUACCACUUUUUGGUUCUUGGACUACCUAAAUAGGUAAUCCAAGAACCAAAAAAGUGGUACGGGUACCAAUUUUAUCCGUGCCUUACCAAAAAUUGAGCGUAGUGUAAACGGGGCUUUAUUACGUCACUGCGUUGAAUAUGACUUUUUCAUAUUUAUAUUCAACGUUAUGACGUCACUCCGUUUAAUAUUAUUAUCCAUAUUUGGUCAACUGUUGACUUGAUAUGACGAUUUCACAGUUGACUGUUCGCUAAUCAGAAACCAUGAAUCUUAAAUAAAUAAUAAACUUACUGGAUUCUUUGCAGCCCAAUAUGUAAAUAAAGCCCCGUUUACACUACGCCCAAAUUUUGGUACGACACGGAUAAAAUUGGUACCCGUACCCCUUUUUUGGUUCUUGGACUACCUAUUUAGGUAGUCCAAGAACCAAAAAGUGGUACGGUACCAAAAGUUGAGCGUAGUGUAAACGGGGCUUAGCUAAAUAGGUAGUCCAAGAACCAAAAAAGUGGUACGGGUACCAAUUUUAUCCGUGCCGUACCAAAAAUUGAGCGUAGUGUAAACGGGGCUUAAGUCGAGACUUCGAUGUGUUUAGCUUUUGUUUCGAGUGUGUUACUGCACAGCGCCAUUAAAUUUGUUUGAUUUUUACCUUUGCAGAUAUUUGAUCCGGGAAAAGUUCUGUAUAUUUAUGAAAGUCCAGCUGGAAUUGGUAUUUGUAUUCUUAGAGUUUUGGUACGUAAUAUUGCUUGCAUUACCAUGUACGUCAGCUUUAAGCUGGUUCAAAUUUUAAUGAGAGUUGAUAAUUUUUCUCGUUUCACCUGUAAUAUCCAGUCAACUCUCGUUCUCGUGUGGCUGGGGUGUGAGAGUUGAGAAAACUCUCGUGUAAACACUCGCUUCUCAACACUCACCAACUCUCAUCCUUGUUUGACCCAGGGACCGCUUGUUCGAAAGCCGAUUUGCUUAACCCUGGGUUAACCUAAAAUUCGAAGCAAACUUCCUUACAUCUUUUUUACAAAUAUGGAAUUAUUUCUUCCGAAAGAUUGUUUGGAUCGGUAGGAGUUUUCUCCUCUGAAGUUUCGAAAUAAACAGACGCGCAGAAAUGCAUAAACUAAAAGAGCAGGUUAAAUUUUAACCGAGGGCUUAGCGCUAAUCCAGCUUUGAACAACCGGCCCCAGGGAUUUACAAUCAUGCCUUAUUUAUUGUAUUAUACAGGCGUGGGUUUGGUUUUGUUACGCUACGUUCUUUACGCUCAAACAUUUUCCUAAGAAAACAGCAUUUUACUAUCCAUUUUGGGUUUUAUAUUCUGGAUGGUAAGUAUUUUAGCAUUUACAUGCAUAUACAGUACUGUAGUGGGCAGUUUAAAUUAAGGCAUUAUAUCAAACUAUUAAUACUUCUUAACACAACUAUGCAAGAUUCCAAUGGUCUAUUGGAUGAACCAGACUUUAGUUUAAAACAGCCAUAAAACUCACUGGUUUUACUAGGUCAAUUUUAAUAGUCGUUGUGUCAAAAUUUAUCUCUUUGAAUAAAUUCUCGAUUCCUUUUAAUAAUUAACUGUGUAAAAAUUUGGAACAUACAGUUUUUCGGGCGUCGAAACCGUAAAAAUGCCCCCCUGGCCUCAACAGACGAUUUACGCUAUAUAUACGUGUCAACUACAAAAUUGGUUUUUCUAUCGAGUAACCCAACCAAGUUCUGUUAAUCAAAUGAGACAAAAAUAUUUUUUUAUAUUGCCCUUCCCUGUUAAUGUAAAUCGUUAUUAAUUUAUAGGUUUCUUGUUGGCCCUGCCGUUGUUCUUUUUGCUGCGUACGUAAUUGAAGAUUAUCAAAGGUUUGAACAAUUGAAUAUUUGUGUUUUAUCAUGCCAAUGCAUCUUGACUAGAGAUGAGCCGAUCACAAAAAUUACCAAUUGCUGACAUUGAGAACCGAUAUACUAAAUAACCAGCUAAUCGGCAUCUGGCGAUUAUCAUCAUGUUGCUAAUCACUAGUAAUAAUAAUGAUGAUGAAGAUGGUUGAUGGUGAUGGUUGAUGAACAUGGUGAUGGUUGAUGAAGAUGAUUGAUGGUUGAUGAUGAUGGUUGAUGAAGAUGGUGAUGGUUGGUGAAGAUGGUGAUGGUUGAUGAAGACGGUGAUGGUUGAUGAUGAUGGUGAUAGCUGAUGAAUAUGGUUGGUGAAGAUGGUUAAUGGGGAUGGUUGAUGAAGAUGGUUGAUGGUGAUGGUUGAUGAAGGAUGAUGAUGGUUGAUGAAGAUGGUGAUGGUUGAUGAUGAUGGUGAUGGUUGAUGAAGAUGGUGAUGGUGAUGAUGACAGAAAAACCUUUUUAGUUUCAAUUUAUGUUUUGGUUAAAUGUCAAAGUUAGGCCAAUAUUACGGGGGAAAACAAAAGGAAACAGAAUACUCCAAAAUACUUUAGUUCAAAAGUUGUGUAGUGUACAUCGGCCUUAAAAUAGUAUGGUUAAUCUAACCUGGAAGACCUGGUCAAAUACUGUAUAAUCAGAUUCUUGGUUACAUUAACCGGACUAUGGUAGGAGGUGAGAUAAAAUAACCAGGAAAUUUAACCAACAAUAUUACAUAACCCAAAUAGUGUUAUUUCUAGGUUAACCAGGAAAUUUUAACAGUGAGAGUGUUUUUAGAGUGUAUGAUGGUGUUGUUUUAGUCAACUAGAACUAUAAAACUAAAACCCUAUUUUAGUCAUGCCAAAAUAAUUUACUCCGAUAAAACUAAACUAGAACUAAAGUAAUUUUAGAGAUAAAUAGUAGAACUAAACUUUAACUAAAACAAAAUAUAUGUCAGCGACUAAAAGUAAACAAUUUUUUAUCCCCUGAGAACUAAACCAAACAACAACGAAAUAUUUACAACUCGAACUGAAACAAACAGUAACCGAGCAUAUAUUUUAAUUAUAAACUCAUUAAUAAUUCAUGACGAAAAUUCAAAAGAAAUUAAUGUUUAAUCAAUGUUUGUAAAUCGGAUAAAGAUUUGUCCUGAUUUACAUAAACUUCAGCUUUGAUUUUCUCGUCUUAGACAAUGUUUAUUUUUAAAAUUACUUCGCCAAUGAACUCAUAAGAUGGGUCAUUUUUUAAGUCGCAUCCGAUCUGUAUCUGAUAUACAAGCUAUCGCCUUCGGCUCGAGUUUGUAUAUCAGAUACAGAUCGGCUGCUCAUGUUUUAUCUAGUACUUGUAAAUCGGAUGAAGAUUUAUCCUGAUUUAGUAUGAAAUUUAGCUCGAUUUUCACGGCUAAAUAAAACCAACCACAUCGAUAAAGUAUAGUUGGGAAACUCUUAUUUUUAAGGCUAAAUUGUUUUAAACUAGAACUUAACUAAAAAUUAAUUGAAAUUCUCUUUUCAAAGUAUAGAACUGAACUAAACUAAAACUGAAUUGAAAUUCUUGUUUCAAACUAGAACUAAACUAAAACUAAACUGAAAUUCUUCUUUCAAACUAAAACUGAACUAAAACUAAAUUGAAAUUCUUCUUUCAAACUAGAACUUAACCAGAAAUAAAUUGAAAUUCUUGUUUCAAACUAGAACUUAACAAAAAAAAAAUGAAAUUCUUGUUUCAAACUAGAACUUAACAAAAAAAAAAUGAAAUUCUUGUUUCACACUAGAACUUAACUGAAUCUGAAUUGAAAUUCUUCUUUCAAACUGGAGCCAAACUAGAAAUAACAAUAAAUUAGUGGUUUAAACUAAAACUAAGUUAGAACUAAACAUAAAACACCGUACUAAAACAACAUUAGUGUAUAACAAGAUAUUUAUAGACGAAGGAAAUCACUAUAUACCGUGUCGUUGGUUUUAUAUACGAUAAAAACUCAUUACAAGUUCAAUUACAUAAACUUUAACUUUGAUUUUCUCGGCUUAGAAAACGUUUAUUUUUAAAAUUACUUCGCCAAUGUACUCGUCAGAUGGGUCGUUUUUUAAGCCAUUUAAAACAUUCGCAGUCCGUGCUUUAUCAGAUAUAAAACACUCGAGCUGCGCUCUCGUGCCUUAUAUCUGAUAAAGCGCUCCUGCUCGUGCGUGUUUUAAAUAUAGUACAUCAUUGUCCUGAAAUUUCUCGUUGAUAUAGAGAACAAAUUGUUAAUGGUAUUGAAUGGGGAGUAUCCUUUUUGGCUCACGCAAUUUUUUUGGUAAGUUACUUUAGUGUGCUUAGUUUGGUGAAAAAUUCCCACCAUGUAUAUAGCUAUAUGAUCAUCUUGUACUGCAUAGUCAUGUGCUUAUUUCGUAUAUAGACCCAUUGCACAUGACGUCACAGCGUCAGUAACGAUGCAUCAGGGGCCGGUUGUAUCAAGCCCGUUUAGCUUAAACGGUGGUUAAGCUCAAAAUAGAAAGCAAGUCUAUAGAUUCAUUCAACAACCAAACUAAAAGUUUUGAACCUUAAUAGAACGAUAAUGUUUACAACUACAUAUUCAGUGCAGAAUAUUUAAGUUAACUGAUUUACGAGAGAAAAAAGAGUGUUAUUUAAUUUUGACUUAUCCACCGUUUAAGCUAAACGGGCUUGAUACAACCGGCCCCUGGAGGACAAAUUAGCAAUCUACGCAUAAUAUAACUUUUGUAAACAAAGCAAAUUUUGUAAAAGUUUAUAAUAAUUUUGUAUUAAAAUGGUUAAUUUUUUCGCUGUAUGUGGUUGUUGUACCCGAACAGAUAUUGUUAGGUAGCAUCUGGAGGACACUCUAAGGAUUUGUGACGUCAGUGCAAUGGGUCUAUUCCGUACGAAUGAGUAUCAUAAUAUAAAUCUUUAUCAGAAGAUACACCCAAUCUUGUUGCAAUGGCUAUUGCUUACUUAUCAUUUGUCUUAUCAACUGUGCAUUGUCCUGGGGAUCUCUGAAUUUUAUCUGAUUCGUGUUGGAAAUGUACCAAACAAGUAUUUUUUAUCGUUAUUUGUUGAUUCUGGAAAAGAUAAGAGCAAUAAAACAAUAACAAAAGCCCGCGCGACACCAUGGAGUGACACUCAUUCUUUAAAUCCACGUUUCCUUUAUAUCUAGAUUCUUACCCGUCCUGCUGCAGCCAAUACGAACUUUCCCUUUCACAUGAGAACGUGUCAGGUAAGUAAUUUGUUAAAUUUCGUGUUGUGAUGUUAGCUUAUCCAUGUAUAUAAGCCACAUGCAGUGGCGGACACGAGUGAGGACAAGGGGCAACUCCUCCCCACUAAUUUUUGAAAGCCUUUGCAUGUUAGUUGAAAAACUCUGUAACAAAGUUGCAACAAUAUCAGUUAUGCCAUGAUUUGUCGGUGAACCGCAAUUGAUCUCCAAUGUAAAAUCGAUGUCCAAUUGCAAUGGCUUUGACUAAUUACGUAAAACAGAACCUUUAAUACUUACUUUCAAAAACUCAUUAAUAAUUCAUGAGGAAAACACAAAGAAAAAUCAUAUAAGCGUGUCGUAUCUUUAUAUGUGAUAGAGAUUUACCUUGAUUUACAUAAACUUUAACUUUGAUUUUCUCGACUUACACAACGUAUUUUUUGUAAAUUGAAUGAACCUACUAGACUUAGAAGCUAGGCUAUAACUUACAUUAAACUGUUUCUAUGAAAAUCAUGUUCUUCUUCAUUUUCUAUGAAUUUCAUUUUCUGAUAUUAAUCCAAGCGCGUAGCUACAGUAUCAAAUUGAACGCUACAUGCAUCACAACAACUUUCUCGGUACUUUCGACCGAUCAAAUGCUUCAAAAUGGUUUUAUACAAUAUAGAUAGUGGACGUCAGAGUUCGCUAAGCUUCAACUCUAUAAUUACCAAGGAAAUUAAGGCAGCCUAUCAGAAAAGUCAGUGCCUCUAACUCCAAUGUUUUUAUUGUCUCAUCAUAGACCUUAUUCAUAAAUCGCAAUCGGGGCCUCAUAUCCUAGAAAAUGGGAAUAAAUGCGGGAAAAUAAGCGAAAGCUGCUUGACAAGUAGCCUGCGUGGCAGGCCCUCAGUUUUAUCUGCCCGUUGCAAAUCAGGCCCCCCAUAAAACUGAGGGCCUGCCACGCAGGCUACUUGACAAGCCAAAUUCAGACGCCAUUGUGUCGACAUGAACGGCUUCAGUUGUGUCUUGUUGCUUAUUUCGAUUUAUAUAGCUUUGUGUGUGUAGUAAGAUUUUGUGCCCACAAGGAAAGCUGUAAACGAGUAUAUUAUAAAAACGAGCGGUUUCCCCCCGUUUUUUGUGUGGAAUUAGGUAAAAAUAUGACAACGUAGCCACAGAGGAGAGAUAUAUCUCUCCUCUUUGACGUAUAGCAAUGGUGUCUAUCCAUGCAGAAACGAACAACAGUAUUUACUUAGAUUUUAACGUCAAUAUAUAGGUUAUUCCGUGAAAAAUCAAGACAACUAUGCAUGGAUUGAAAGUAUAAUUUUUCGAAUUUAACAUUAAUAUGAAAGAAAACAAGGUCAAAAUUCAUAAGAGAAUGUCAAAUAUUAUUGAUUCGCAUGGAAAAAUCCCUGUGGCUCGAAGACAUUCUGCAAGCAGUUUACAAGUUUAAAAAAUAAACUUUAAGGCUACAUUACCUGAGUGAGUUGUAAUCUUAUUUCUUCAACAAUAGUUCAUAUUUCUUACGAUUUUUUAGACGUUUUGUAGCCUUGUUGGUUGUUUGUUUUGACACUAAGGUUUCCUUUUCCGGUUUACCCCAGCAUCUUUUACGUUAAAUAUCAUGCACGUUAUAUUUUCUCAGCAGUAUUAUUUCAACUUUCAUAUUCAGUUUUAUAGAUACAUUUUCGAAAAAAGCCGUUCGUUUUUAGUGAACUUUUUUAUUACUCUUGCAAUAGCGGGCAGCAAAUUUUUUUCAAAAAUCAAUUUUCCCGCGAUUUUUCCAGUUUCCUAGGAUACGAGGCCUCGAAUGCGAUUUAUGAAUAUGGUCUAUUGGAAAGAACAUUUAAAACUAAAGGCCGCUUUCCAGUCACGCGUUUUUUAUACGUGCGUAUACGCACGCAAAAGUUGAAAUAUCUUUAAAUGUUACUUAUGAAAUAACUGAAUGAAUAAAAGGAAAACAUAUAGUUUUGUGAAUGAUUUAAUGUGCAUUUGUACAGGUAAUUCAUACUAGUGUUUAAUUUAAGAAGAUUUAAACAUUUCCGUCCGUAUAAAAACGCGUGACUGGACGCAGCCUUAAAAAGUAUAAUCUCUUUUCCAAAUGUCCGUUUUUUCUUCUAUUUCAGUAUGUUUGAUAUGUAAUGGUGUGUCACACAUACAUAACCGUUACGUCACACAUACAUCAUUAAAGAAUCGCAGUCAAUCAAGAUGCAUUGCGCGCUAAAAUGUUUUCAUUGUUUUGUAUUCCGCCAUUUUGUUAGCCAGUUUAUUGACGAAAUAUUGACAUCCGAAUCGUAUCCUUAUCAAUCUGCAUUAAUUAUUCUUAGAAAAUGUCAUAUUUUCUAUAGUUGGAAUAUGUUAAUAUAUCAUUGAUUGAUAUUUUGGCGUGUGUAUUUAUCUUAAUCAAUGAUUUUAGAAAGUUUUAUCAUUUUAUAAAGUAGUGACUAAUCAUGGCUUCUGUAUUUGCCGUUCGUGGAAGACCAACAAGUGAGGGUAUAUAAAAAAUAAUAUCGUUGACAAGUUCAACGAUAUUUGAACAACUGUCCUUUGGACGGAAAGGAAAGAAAGCCAUGGAAUACAGGGGCUUUCGCAUUACGAGUUCGCCGAAAUCCUGCUCCGUCAAAGCAUGGACGAAUUGUGUGAACGUAGUAGGCGAUGGGGCAGGAAUUAGGAUUUCAUCAGGGUAAAUGAAUCAGGGUAAAUGUAUUAAAGUUUUUUUGUUUAUAUAAUAAAGCUAAUGUAUAUAACAGGUGGGAAAUUUGUCUGAGCAUGCGCGAGUAAAAUGAGCCACGCAAUUGCGAGGAAUACACGCAACGCGUGUUUACAAAAAGGCACAAUCGUGUAAAUAUUGCCAAAUGUUUGUACAAAAUAAAUGACUGUUUUAUGUUGAAAGUGGACAGGAUCUAAAUUAAUCAUACAGAAUUUUUUAGUGACGUUCUAUUUCAGUACCCUGCCAUUGUCUCUGGUGGGCCGUCCGUGUGCAUUCGAUCUGAAACACUUGCUACUUUGCUGUCGAAAAAUUUCGAAUGUUUACAUGAAAAUAGAGGCAAGUCAUGCAUUUUACAACCUCGUAAACUAUAUGAGCCCCUAUUUUUACGCUUAUACCUAAGAUAUCAAAUAAAAGUACAUGAAACAGAGAACAUUUGUAGAAAGUUUUAUCGUGAGGCCACGGCCAGUUUUUAAAAUAUCUUUAUUUCUGUUCCGGUCAUCACCAAAAUUACACAAAAGCCGGGCUUGGAUAUACAACAAAUUUUGAAUCUCAUCAAGCACAAAAAUAUUUAACGUGUAACCAAAAUAUGCUCAUGAAAUCGAAAUUAAGAGCUAAAUUUUCAAACUAGACCCUUCUUGAAGCGGUUUUCAUGAAGGAAGUUCACAUUUCGGCCUUUGAUUCUUGGCAAAAAUUUGACCACAACACGUGCGAAGCAACUGGGUCUCAAAGACUCAGCUAAAACAUUGUGAGCCCCUAUUUUCCUGAUGAUAUGUUUGAUACCUACAAGCGCCGAAAAGUUUUUUCAUUUCAUUUUGCUAUAUUUGAAAUUGAGGCCACGGGCUAUUUUUGAGAAAAUACAGCUCAAAGUCAGCUGAAGCUAUUUUACAUAUUUUCAAAAUUUGUCAAAUUUCGCGAGCUUGUAUUUUGAACUUAGACAGCUGAAGUUACAUUAAGAAACAUAGGAUGGAAAAUUUGAGGCAUAUAAAGUUAAUAUUUUCAACUUACAUUUCAUUCUCAUAUCACGUCUUUCUUCGUUUAUUACGGUUGUAAACAAUCCACAGAUCGACGUAUACGGUAUUUACUCCCAUGUUCACGUCGCCAUAUUAACUUUUCCAAUCACUCGAUUACAAAACAAAUCAUCCCAAAACAAAGAAUUCAUGAUCGACUUUUAAAAGAAUAACCGUUAAUUUCUAAAUCGUUGAAUGGAAAGCAAAAAAUCGAGAGCUAAAACAGCUUCUUGCUAACUUUCUGCUUUGUUUUGAAUGUAAAUGCAAUGAGCUUUGUUUCUGCCCGCGAUUUUUUGGUCAGCGACGACAAAUUUCCUACCUGUUGUGUAUGACUAUUUUCGAACACAACACUAUGUUUUGCUCCCCGUAUUUGUAAACAUUCACAUAGCGCGCAAUGCAUCUUGGUUGACUGUGAUUCCUUAAUGACGUACUUACCAAACAAAAACAGACGUUUGGUGUUUAUAUAAUACAAAGCCGACACGCGUUCUUUUUCACGAAUUGUUAAUAUAAGGUAACUUGGAUAUCAAAGGGGCUGUCUUGUAUUUAUUUUAGAUUGGAAUUUCGAUGCCUAGUGAAGAUGAUGUGACAUCUGGUUACGCGUAUGCACCUGAUAAUUUUAUUGGUGUCUUCACGACCGAUACAUUCUCAAUAUUUCAAUCCUCAAGUCAACAGGUAUAUAAUUUCAUUAAGAUGAAAUGUGUACUUGCAAAUAAUCGAAUGUAUCUGGAGAAGCAUGCCCGGAUUUUGAAUCGAGGUUUUGGGAGGUGCACACCUCCCGUGAGAUCGUUUUGCAUCUCAUGCACCAGAGAAUUGUUGCUCCUCCCCCUGAAUAUUCUCAUGCACACCCCUUGAUGGAUCAAAGUCAACAUUUGACUCAAAUUCAAUAGUUAACAACUAUAAUUAGUUGUACCCUUUUAGUGCAAACUUUGUAGUCAUACACUCAAAAUUCAUAAAUAUACUGAUAUGCAUUAAUGCAUAUUAGUAUAUUUGUUGACUUUAGAAGGGGGGACGUCGUAUUCCCCCUAAAACGUUUCCACUUCUCCCAUGCAUAAUUUACAGUAAAAUCCGUCCUUGGUGGACAAGCCCUGCGAUGUUUUGUAAACUUUACCAGAAAGUAUACCCUUAACACAAAUGGUUCUCAAUCACCUUCACACAAUAACUGUAGUCUAUAAUAUUUUUUCAGAGAUCGGGAACCAAUCUCCCCAAUAGAAUGUAUUCGAAUAAUAAUACCCAGGAAACGGGACGUCCUAUGACGACAUUUUCAUCGAACAGUCAUGAUCCAUCAUCAACACCGCGUGAUGCAGCGACACGUGCUCCACCAACUUACAGUCAAGCCCUUCGUGAUUCAUGAUGUAAUUCAAGGUUACAAGCUCUACGGUGACCCUCAGGGGCUAUAGUUGUACGAUGGCCGAUUAGCACUAUCCACUUGAUAGUGAUUUUUUUCAAACCUUUUAAAAUUGGUCGUUGAUUUCUAUUAACCAAUAAGUUUUUUUAUUUCUUAGAGAUCCAUAGAUGUAGUGUUAUAGCCUUUGAGACAUUUUUACAGCGGUUCAAAAAAUCACUAUCCAGUGAAUUAUUGCGUUCCGGCCUUCCUACAACCGCGAAAAAGUUCACCAAUUACCUGAAUCUUCAAAUUUCUGCUAAUCCUAAAAUAAUUUCGUUUCAAAAAUAUCUCAUUAUAUGUAAAUGGAUUUAAUAUGACGUCGAGUUUGUUGCAUUGCUUUUUUAAUGAAAAUGAAAUAUCUCAAUAACUUUAAUGUUUUAAAAUGUUGUACGUAUUUCAUUUUGCUUGUUAUUUAAAUUAUUCUAUACUGUAUUUAUUUAUUAUAAAAUUAUGGGUAUUCUUUUAGGAGAAGUAAUUCAAUUUUGAGAUUUGAUUAAAUACAUACGACCUCAUACGUAUAGUUCAAAAUAAAAUAUUCGAUGUCUCGAAUAUUUUAUGUUUUAUUUAUAUAUUAUUAUACAAUGUAUGUAAAUUAUUAAAUUUGUUAUUCC